AUGUUGGCGCGCGCACACAGCAUGGAGGAGCUGCCGGCGUUGGUCGCUUUAUCCUGGCACUUUGCAAAGCAGGCAAGCAAGCACUGCGAAGCAAUUGGGCGAGAGGCUUUCAGGAGGUCAACUGAAUUGAGUCCAAAAGCUGUUUCACAGCUUUCUUGGAGUUUGGCUUCCUGCCGGAUUCAGGAUUCACUGCUCAUUCAUGACGUGGCCUUGUCCAUUGAAUUUCAUGCAGCUCGCUUCGAGGCAAGAGAUUUGGCAACGGUUACAUGGGCGGUAGCAACACUGCUUGUUAGCGCUAAAAGCAGAAGUUGGAGAAAGAUCCAGCUCCAGGCAAGGAAGAAGAUAAACUGCUGUUCAACACGUGACUUGUCGAUGAUGACAUGGGCCUUCUCCAAGUGUAAGCAAGUCGACAAAAGUGUAUUUGAUGCAGCGAUUGGCUUGCUUGCAGAUAUGGCCCCACAAUUUCGCCCCCAAGGCCUCACAAAUCUAUGCUGGGCCUUUGUCACAACGCGUUUCACCACUGGAGUGGAGGAAACCACAAAAGAGAUCCUCAGGAGAGGUAUCUCAGAGUUUUCUCCACAGGCCAUUUCAAUUCUUGCUUGGUGCAGCGCCACAGCUUUGCAAAGCUCGCCUCUGGUGAUGCGCGCAUUUCCACUUCUUGAACAAGCAGGACAGAACCGAAUAAGAGAGUUCAGUGCCCAGGGACUAUCAAACAUGUCUUGGGCGUUCUCGUCAGCAACCAUGCUCUCUGCCCCAUUUGCCGGUAAGCUUGGGGAGCAGGUGUUGAAACGUGUCGGCGAAUUUGCUCUCCAAGAAGCAUCCAACACCUGCUGGGCCUUUGCUGCAUCUCAGCGUGCGGAGGCGACUAUCUUCAUUGCCCUUUCGAACAGGCUGCAACGAUUGCUGCAGAUGUCCGGGAAGGAAACGGAGAGAGCUGAGCUCGAGGUCCGUGCAUUUGCCUGGGCAUUCAACACGGCCUCGUUCCAUGACAACAAACUGGAAUCGUGUAUCAAGACCAGGCUGUUGCGCAUCGGACAGGUUGUUGACCAGUCCAUGCCAAUGCAGCCUCCCUUGCGAGAGGCAGGGCUAGACCGACCCGCCGGACCAGCCAUUCUUUUGGAUCUUUCAGACCGGCUUGUGGUUCGAAAGCCGUGCGGCUGGGAAACCCACAAGGCAGAUCGACCAAUUGAUUUCAAGGCUGCCCCAGCAUUGUCAGACUUUCUGUCAACGUAUCAAACGUCGCCAAUCUUUCAAGACAAGAAUCACCAGUUUGGGAUGAUGCACCGGCUGGACGUGCCCAAUUCUGGUCUCGUCCUGGCGGCCAGAUCGUACGCUGCCUAUUAUGAUCUUAUCCUGCAAAUGAACUUGGGCAAGGUUCGCCGCCAUUACAUCGCGCUUUGCCACGGUUGGCUGCCUCGAUCCUACUGUGAGAUCACAGCUCCACUUUUGUGGGACCAAGCAAAUGCCGCACCGAGCCGAAUUUGUCAGUAUGGCAAGCCAGCUCGCAGUUUCCUGGAGGUGCUUUCAUAUUUAGUUGAUGGACAACAGGGCGUCACCUACACUCUUGUGGAAAUUACAAUUCAGACAGGCAGAAGGCAUCAGAUAAGAAGCCACUUGGCCUUCAUGGGUCAUCCUCUUGUAGGCGAUGCCAAAUACGCCAGCGCUGCAACAUUUCAACGCGACCUCCUCCAUCGAAAUUUCUUGCACCGUUUCCUGAUUUCAUUUUUGGACAACGAGAGCCAGCCUGUGGAGGUUUUGGAUGCUUUACCACGUGAUUUGCAGCAUGCACUGGCAAGUCUCGAGGCAAAGGACAAUGAAUCAGCGAGGGGAAUGCAUUGUUGGCUGGACCAGUUCAAGAAGAGUUGA